AUACUCAUCCAGGGACUCUUCUUUCACCCUGAGAGUUCGGUGGUCAUAAAACACACUGAAGAAUUCGUUUCAUUCUCUUCAAUUUUAUAUGGUUGGGUGAAGGAUCUCUAGAUGACCAUGUCCUUCAAUUCAGUUGCUACUGGUUUCAACUCUUCCAAGUUGCAAGUAAAACAUUGGACUCUCGCGAGACCUUAUGGUGGAGGGUCUACUUCAAAGACUGAGUAUGUCACGGCUUCCUCAGGGCUUUGUUUUGGUUCCAGAAAGGGGAUAAAGUACGGAAGAUUCGGCUUUAUACUUUCGGCUUCCAGUAGUAAUCAAGUUGCUGCUGACACUGCAGAUAAAGGUUCGAGUGGUUCAGAAAAAGAUGUCGCAAAUGAGCAAUUGUUAGCAGCCAGUUCACUUGCUGAGAAUAUACAGCUCAAGUCUAGUCCCAAAGCUGAACAGGGUCUUCAAACAACAGGGUCGUCUAAUGGGUCGCCAGUUACAACAGACGAAGCAAAAGAGACAACACCUUCCGCUAAAUCACCAAAAAGGUCAUCCUUGACAGCGAGGGAGAAGCUUAGAGCAGCUCGUGUUCUAAGUCGAAAUAACACAGAUUCCAAGCCGCCAUCCAAAAAAUCAGUACUUGGGAGCAAGGUUUUAGAUGCUUUGAGAGAAAGUGAUCGCGAGAGUGGGAAAAAAAGAAUGGGUCUUCCUGAAGCUCCUUCAAAUAUGCUUGAUGAUAGCAGACGCGGGAUGCCAAAGCAAGGACUGACCUGGGAUCUUCCCGGUGGUAAUGAGCUGUUCUUCAUCAUAUUCUCGGCAACCUUCAUCGGCACACUGAUGUUUGCAACGGCUUUUGUCGUGUGGAAAGUUGGAGCCAUCCAUUUUAAUGACUAGCUAGUGAAUACUAAUUCAGGUGCAGGUGAGCUGCAUCUUUGUUAUCCAAACAAGCUGCCUUCAAGCAUAUAGAUGGGAAAACGAAAAAUCCAACAACUCCACUUCCUUUCAGGUACAUGUAAAGCAUCAUCUUAUUACAUCUCCCCAGAUUUUGUGUAAACUAUAUGCAUUAAGGCCAACUUUCUGUUUCGGGCAAGACAUACAUACUUCUCUGAAUGUACAGAUUUUGCUCCCACCACA